UCUAGCAAAGAGUUUAGAAUAUUAGAUUAUACUUUACAUUUUAAAGAGCUGAAAUAUUGAGUGCAAAAUAUUAUUUUGUGUGUGUGUGUAAUAAUAACCAGAGCUCAAGUACACGUCUCUUGACCAAGCCUGUUUUCACUAAAAACCAACGCUAAAAACACUAAAAUGUACAAAAAGUAGCCAAAAAGAGUGCGAAAAAGGCGACGCGGACGUAAGCGGCGGCGGCGGCUCGUAGAGAUGAGAGAUGACGAGAAAGUGCGUACAAAAUUUGCCUCAUAAACUCCAACCUUCUACAGUCUAGCUUCGAUAUCUUUCUCCUGUUUCCUGGAACGUUUCCCAUUCGCAGAAGUUAUCAUCAAAUAAUCGAGUCAUAGAAAUCAAACUGCGCGAAAAACGCCGUCCGAGUGCAACUGUCGUUUCGUCGUUUUGUGCUGCGCGAUAAGUGGGAGCCGAGUAACAGUUGGCGAAAUCACGGGCGGAAUGAACGAAACAUUUGGAACACUGACUCAUAUUAAGUCCAUUCUUUUCUGUUCGUGGGCUCCUGUCCUUUCUGAGAUGAACUAAACGUUCGAAAUCGUUGAAGAGAAGCGGGAAUACCCGUCCGGGCGUACAAUGCUGCCGGGGGUCGGAGUGUUCGGCACGGGUAAAUCCGUGCGGGUGCUUGUGCCGUGCCUGCGCGCUCGUGGCUUUAAGGUUGAAGCCAUCUGGGGCCGUACCGCCGAUAACGCCAAGGAAAUCGCUCAAGAGCUGGGGAUCCCCUUCUACACUAACAAAGAGGACGAAGUCCUCCUCAGGAAGACCGUAGACUUCGUGUGCAUCAUGUGUUCUCCGCACCAGCACGCCCGGAUUGCCGUCAAGGCGCUGGGCAUCGGCAAGCACGUGCUGUGCGACCGUCCGGCCGGACUGACGCAGACCGAGGUGCUGAAGAUGGUGCGAGCGGCCCAGUACUACCCGACGCUCAUCUCGGUGCUGUGCCACAGCCUCCGCUUCCUGCCGGCCUACGUGCACAUGAAGCGGCACAUCCAGGACGGCUACGUGGGCUGCGUACAGAUAAUCGAAGCGCGCGUCCAGUGCGGCUCCCUCAUCCACGACCGCUACGACUGGACGUGCGAGGACACGAUGGGAGGGGGCAUCCUGUCCACUUUUGGCAGUCACGUGAUCGACAUCGCGUCCUUCGUGACUGGUCUGCGCGCGGUGCGCGUUCAUGGCCUGGCGCGGACGUUCGCCAAGACCACCGACGCCGUGUGCGGGAUCCGGCAGGUGAGCAGCGACGACUUCUGCAGCUUCCAGAUGGAGCUGAGCAACGGUGCCCUGGCCACUGUAACGUUGAACAGCCACUGCGCAGGCCAGUUCAGCCAGGAGCUGCUCGUGUGUGGCACCAAGGGCAACCUGGUGGUCCGCAGCGGCGACCUGCACGGCCACAAGGCAGCGGCCAAGGAAGAGGUGCUCUACCUGGACGUCGAGGAUCUGAAGCAGGCCCCCGACUGCGUGGUGCCCAAGCCGCACGUCAAGGGCCUGGCCAAGAUGGUGGCGGCGCUCAGGGAUGCCUUUGCCACCCGCAGCGUGGCCCAGUCGUGGGCCAAGGUGCCUGCCGACAGCGCAGCGAGCUUCGAAGACGGCCUCUACGUCCAGGCGGUCAUGGAGGCCGUGCGCCACUCGUCACAAUCGCGCCAGUGGGUUCGUGUCCAGUUGCUUCAGGAUGAGUCUCGGCAGAGGGGCACCUUCUGCCGCCUCUACAGGAUGGCCAGCGCCUCCAUGUAGGCGCCCACCCGAGGUUCGACCAGGGGGGGCAGCCAGCGGCCGAGCUCCUUGUUUGUACAGAGCGUAUUGCUCGCUGGCCCCCUUCCUGGGGCCUGGUGCACAGGGCUCUCGUUUGUGGUGCGAAGAGUUGUGAGUGUAGUCGUAAUGCUUCCUGAACUUGCCAUUAAGCCAGAGGUAGCUACUGCCUCAUUCUUGCAUGAUCGCAGCGGAUUUUAGCACAAGAAUGUGCGUGCACUUUAGGAGUUUCGUUAAGCAAGAGCUUCAGCAUAAGGUUGUGCAGGUAGAUUUACUUAAAUAUCGCAGUAUUUUUGUUGAGACAUACUUUUGUACAGACCACCCAGUCAGUUGGCUGCAAAGGAGAUAUUGCACUGGGGUUCAGUGGUGCCGUGGCAUUAGCUACAGGGACCUAAUUUGUUUGCAUCCCGAAACCUGGGAGUGCAUCAUUGUUUGUGAUGAACUUAAUUUUUUUUUUUUUUUUUUUUUUUCUCUUUACAGCAACAUUAUUACCGAAUGCUUUAUAGGAUUUGUGCACAUAGUGUUAAGCAGUUCGAGACUAUGAGGUAGAUUAUGAUCUCAGGUUGCUUGUAAUCUCUGCUGUCUUUGAUAGUACCUGUUACACCUUUUAGAAAGUCUAGUCGGUUUCACAUGUGGCAUGUUACAGCAGGGUGCAUUGCAGAGUCUAAAGAAAACCCUUUUAGAUCUUAUGUGUUUUGAAUAAGCGAUGUCACAUCUGCUUGCAGUUGGUGCUCAAUGUUGCAUUUAUUUUGUGCCUUAACACCCCUGUUCUCAUUUACCUCACCUUUUGUUUAUUUGUUUGAUUUCGUACCAUGUUCCUAUUCAUAAUAAAUUAUGCCUACACUGCUUA